CUCAUUUUGGUCGAAGAAAUUGUCGUUGGCGGUUGAAAAUUUUUAAAAGUGCAAAAAUUUCCAUGGAUUUGUCAAGAAAAUUACCGGAUUUUGUGAGAUUUUAGCAAAAAAUCGUCAAAAAAGUGAAAAAAUGAACUAAAAAAAAUUAUUAAAAAAAAUUUAAAAUUAAAAAAAAAAAUUAAAAUUUAAAAAAAAUCUCAAAAUGUGGCUCCAAAUCUCCGCAAUCACAACCAUAUGUUUGCUGCUGGAUCUAACGGAGGCAAAUGUCGGUGCCCGAAGCGAAGACGCCUUGGAAUCGCUCUUCGUGUCGCGUUCUCCCGACGAUUGGGCGAAAGUUUGGCACACAGAAAACCAUUCGCGAUGUCGUGAGCGGCUCAUUCGGCAUCUUUAUUGGGCCUGCGAGAAGGAUAUUUAUCGCUUGACACGCAGAAAUGGCGGAAUUAAGGCCGAUGAAACGGUUUCGAAGCGAUCUGCUGCUCCGGCGAUGUCGAGGGAACGCGGGAUGCUCGAAUAUCCGUGGUUGACGCCCGAAGAGGCACAUCUCAUGCUGCGGACGAGACGAAAUGCGAAACCAACGGGAUCAAUAACGCAGGAAUGUUGCACGCGUGUCGGUUGCACGUGGGAAGAAUACGCGGAAUAUUGUCCGUCGAACAAGCGAUUGAAUCAAUUUUAAGCUGCGGAUGAUGAUUCGGAGGGUUUCUCGUCGAUUUCUUUCUCUUUCUCGUCUUUGUCUCCUUUGUCGUGAAUUUUGGGUUUUAAAUGAAAAUUUUUUUGGAAAUAAAAUCUGUUGCUCUUA